GCUCCGAAUCAACAGGCGAACCCGAUUCCAUAUUAUCCUCCCCCAUCAUAUCCACCGCCAGAUGAUGGGCAACAACAGAGGAUAACCAAUCAGGCCCAAGUUGAGUAUAGUCCUGCCGGUGCACAUCCCGAAGAAACGACAGCCACAGUUGAUUCUAGCAGGCCGGUUAUUCAUAGGCCUCAGCAAGCACAACCCGUAACCGUUCAAAAUAUUGUCCGAAAGCCGCCUGUAAAGCCGCCAAAAAUUGGAUUGGAAAAUUUUGAUUUCCUUGCUGUACUGGGUAAAGGCAAUUUUGGCAAGGUGAUGCUUGCUGAGGAGAAAGCUUCUAAGCGUUUAUAUGCCAUCAAAGUUCUCAAGAAGGAAUACAUUAUCGAAAACGAUGAAGUCGAAAGUACUCGGUCGGAAAAGCGUGUCUUCCAAGCUGCCAAUCGAGAGCGACAUCCGUUUUUAGUUGGAUUGCAUUCGUGUUUCCAGACAGAGACGCGUAUCUACUUUGUUAUGGAGUAUGUUAGUGGUGGUGAUUUGAUGUUGCAUAUUCAACGAGAGCAGUUUACCCCUCGUCGAGCUCAAUUUUAUGCCGCUGAAGUGUUGCUUGCUUUGGAAUAUUUCCAUAAACAAGGCAUUAUAUACCGAGAUCUCAAACUCGACAACAUUCUUCUUGCAUUAGACGGUCAUAUUAAGAUAGCAGAUUAUGGUUUAUGCAAGGAAGAAAUGUGGUAUGGCAACACAACAAACACGUUCUGUGGAACGCCUGAAUUUAUGGCACCUGAGAUCCUCCUAGAGAAGAGAUAUGGACGUGCAGUGGAUUGGUGGGCAUUCGGA